GUGGGGGUCGCCGGCGUCGUGGACGAUGCACUUCCUGAGGACCUUUGCGACCAGGAUCCCGAGGAGGACCUCUCCCUGCGGCAGCUCCGAGGCCAGAAGAUGAUGAAGCCGGACGGCGAAGCUUCCAAAGAGGACAACGCCGUGUCGGCAAAGUGGUCUUUCACGGAUCCAGACCCCGACGUUUUGAUCUGGGAUACGUGGUUGGAGAACACAGGAUAUGAAGCUGAAGGACAAAAAGUCGCUGUGGGCUGGCUGAAGACGCCCCUGGUGCAUGACCCGGACAUGUCUCCGUACGAGGCGGUUCCGUACGUCUGCCUGCGCGUGAAGGGCAUCGCAGCAAUGAAUCAGCCUGCCAAACAUGGGCCACUCCUGGGCCACUGUGGCGGUCCAGGCAGUGAUAACAACUGCUUGCUGAACGCUGCGAUGGACAUCAAUGGCAAAGGAAACGAAAGCACGCUGAGCGCUGACUUCGACGUCUGGGCCAUCAGCCAGCGGGGCGUCGGCUUGGGGGACGAGUGGAACAACACACCUCCGUGCCCUUUCAAGUAUGCCUCCGGUGAGGCCAUCCUCCCGUUUCCGGAGAUUAAGUGCAAUGAGAUUCUCACAAACCCAUUCUUGAGCCAGGUGGACAACAGGACGUUCGUCGAACUGAUCAUGGGCGGCAACAACGACACAUCGGAGAGUCUAGUCAAUGAGAGCAUGGACUACAUCGUGAAGAUCUUGCGGACGCCAGACAUGACACAGACCGAAUCCGGCAUCAUGGCAUUCAACGAGACCCUGGUACGAUGGUACUACCGGCUGAUGAAACUGGAGUUCAGCUACUGCUACGAAGCUGCACGAUUCAAGCUACAGUCACCAAGCGGGCGCGAGUACAAUGCACUUCAGUUUGGUGGAACAAUGGACCUGGUCCAGGAUAUCGACCUUUUCCGCCGCGCAGUGGGUGCACCAAAACUGUCCAUCUAUGGCAUGUCCUACGGCACCGCAGUGGCUGGAGUCUAUGGGACCGUUUUCCCAGAGAACACGCAGCACCUGAUUUUGGAUGGCGUGGUGGAUCCCUUUCCCGACGUACAGCAAAGAGGCGACCUCUUUGCAAAGGGCAUCACCGCAACUUUCAAUGGUCUCUUCGAUUCAAGCCGUCCCUUCCGAGCAGCCCUCCUCUACCUACUUGCAGACCUGGCCAUCUUUCAGAAAGGCGGUGACGAGAACAUAGAAGCCGUGGCGGCGUUGUUCCUGGCUUGCGUUGAGUUUUAUUGGUCCGGAGUGGACUCAGAGGACUGCCCUGCUGUGCUUGAGUACCUCGUACAGUCGGACGACGCGCCAAUCACACUCAGCGAGGACCUGUUUGACUUUGGAAUGCAGGCCAUGGUGAUGGGCACCGACACUGCCGGCAGGUUGAACGAGGAAGCCAUGAUCCAGUGGUGGAAGGAGUCCAUGGCGAAGCAGCCAAUCGGCACCCCCUGGGCCUUGACGUGGGUAGUUGGCAUCAGCACCUGGCCUGCCGAUGCACGGCCUGUGCCACCCCUCGGCAAUGGCCAGGUGAGUCCUGUGAUCAUUGGCAAUUUGCAUGAUCCGAACACUGCUUACACCAGUGCUCAGCUAGCCCGCAGCGCCUUUCCUCGGGGUCAUCUCGUGACCUACCAAGGCACCCCGGUGACCAUCGGCACCCUUUUGGGAGAAGGGUCUUCUGAAGAGGAGGAGGACGGCGAGGAGGACAGCCAGAACCAGACGGCCAACAUCACCCAAGAGGAUUUCAAAGAGGGUGCCGGCCUCUUCUACAGAG